CUGAUCCUGGCCGCCAGACUGGGCAAAGCCUUGUUGGAGAGGAACCAAGAACUCCACUGCCAGUUCGAGAAGAUGCAACGGGAGCUCACUGACAAGCUGGAGCACCUGGCCCAGGAGAAGCACGAAUUGCGGAGACGUUUCGAGAACCGAGAGGGGGAGUGGGAGGGGCGAGUGGUGGAGCUGGAGACUGACCUCAAGCAGCUUCAGGACGAGCUGGAGAGGCAGCAGGUUCAGUUACGAGAGGCCGACAAAGAGAAAGGUAGAGCCAUGCAAGAGCUCUCUGAACAGAACCAGCGACUCCUGGAGCAGAUCACCAGGGCCGCUGAGAUCGAACAGCAACUGUCAAUACAGGUCCACAAUCUUCGUGACGAGUUCAGGGAGAAAAGCAUCUCAGCAAACCAGCACAUAGCACGAUUGGAGAGCUUACAGGCUGAGGUUCUAGAAAUAAAGAUGCUCACGGAACGAAAGCGUGAACUGGAGCGACGCAUCAGCACCAUGAUCGAGGAGAAUGAGAUGUUACAGAGUACCAUCGAGGACCUCCAAGACCGUGUGUUGUUGGCAGAGACACAGAGCCAAAACAAGGAUCUACAGCUGCGCCAGAAUCAACUGGAACUGCAGGAAAUCCGUCUGUCUCAUCGACAGCUUCAGGCCAAGGUUGACGAAAUGAACGAGGAGAUGAGUAUGCAGAGCGUGAGCCCGACGAGUACGUCGCUGCUGUCUGAGAUCGAGCAGAGCAUGGAGGCCGAGGAACUGGAGCAGGAAAGGGAGCAGCUCAGAAUGGAAAUGUGGGAAGCUUACUGCCAGGUGCGAUCGCUCUGCUCGCACCUGAGGGGAAACGACAUCACCGACUCCGCACUUUCCACCGACUCCUCCAUGGACGAUUCCUCAGACACUUCCUCCGCGAAGGACGUCCCCACUGGCAGCCUGCACACCGCAAUGCACGAGCUCAAACGCUUGGUGCAGAAUAUUGUCGACGGCAACGAGUCUACGGUGGUGCUGCUGAGGGUUGAAAUGACUGCGGUGAAAGAGGAACGAGACAAGUUAAAGGUGAUGUCUGCAGAAAAGGAGCAAGAUAAGCAGCUUCACAAGGCCAUCAGCGACCGGGAUGAAGCCAUUGCAAAGAAGAAUGCACUGGAGAUGGAACUGACCAAGUGUAAGAUUGACAUGAUGUCACUGAACAGCCAGCUCCUAGACGCAAUCCAGCAGAAGCUUAACCUCUCCCAGCAGCUGGAGGCCUGGCAGGAUGACAUGCACAGGGUCAUUGACCAGCAGCUAAUGGACAAACACCAGAGGGAGUGUCGGCCACCGGCAAAAGCCAACAGGAACGGCUACAGCACCAGGCGCAAAGCCGGCUCCUGGGUGAGACCGGACCGCAAGCGGGAGGACGUCGUUGGGGCGGAAGGGAAACGCCUCUUCUCGUUCUUCAAGAAGAAUUAAUUUUCUUUGCGUCACCAAUAAAAGGGAGGAGGGAGGGGGGAGGCCACCGACUGACUGACCGACCGACAGGCCAGCCGACCGGCAUGGAAUCGGGGGAGGACUUUAAGAGAUUCUGUGCGUAAUGUGAGUUUGAAACGAUUUAGAAAGGAAGCCCGAGGCUCAAAUAAUGCUCCAGUCGGCUUGACGUCACGGCACGUGUGGUCAUUUUAAAUGGGAAUUCCUCAGGCGAUCUCAGUCCAGCAGAAUUAUUCCAGCACCACAGUUCCUUGCGGGUGGCAGGACUAUAACGAUCUCUAAUGUACAAGGUCUCUCUCUCUAUCUCACUCUUCAACCCCCCCCCUCCAACCCAACCCAUCCCCCCAAUUCAAGUUCGGAGAGAUCGCUGGUAAAUGAGGAGUGAAGGCGUUGGCACAGUGGCACAAGCCGGGAUUUAACUGGGCAAUGCCACCCGCUGUUAUAAAAGGCUGAUCUGCGCACCCAGCACUGGGAGGGGAAGAUGCCCGAGCGCUUUGCCAGUUUAAGGUUCUCGUAAAGCCCAGGGGGUGGGGUGGGGGG